UUGAAUUGAGAACUAUACUAUGAAGAAGGGAAACAAUGUUUUCAGCAUGUGGGGCACGGCACAGUGGGAACAAAGAGAUUGCGUCCACAGAAAAGAUCCCUCAAAGUCAAAGAAGGUAGAUGUCACUGUAGCUACAAAGGAGAGCACAUAGAGAGGAGACAAUUAGCAGGUGAAACCCUUUACAUUGGCAAUUGGCACAAAUAUAUUUCCAUUUUCCCACCUUAAAUCUGGAUUCCUCUUUAGAGCAGACACAAAUGAAUUUCUGGGCCAGACAUAAUCAGGAUAUGUAGCAUUGCCCUAAGAAAAGCAAGUCAAGGGCCAGCAAACGUUUUAUGAAAACCUCUGAUCUUAUUCAUUCUUGCAUCUGAAAGAGAUGAAUGGCAGGACCUGAAGACCAGACUUGUACUGACUCAGAAUGAAGACUGCCAUCCCUUGAAAAACAAACACAAAACUUUUCCAAGUAUUCAAGGGUGUUGCUUAGGUUUUGGAUGCGAUAUUAUUUCUCAUGUAAUUUUAAUUAGCCAGAACCAGGAAAUUCUUACUUCCUGCAACAAAGAUUUAUCAAGUGAUUCUUCACCUCAGACCAUACUAUUGGUUAAAGUUUACCCAUCCCAACUUGUUAAACUAGUUUAUUUUAAAUCCUUAAGCAUUCUUUCUUUAGUCAGCCUACAAGUCUGAAAGAAGGCCCAGGACGCUACUCAGUUGCCGAGAAAUCAGAAAGCAGCACAGAGGUGGAGGAGUUCGCAUUCUCAACAGUGUAUAAUGUAUCAGCCACCAAUACUGGGUAGAAGAACAAGUUCACUGAAACCAUGGAUGAUUGCCCUUAUUAUCACAGCUGUUGUGUUGGUUCUAGCAAUAAUCAUCGGUCUCCUUGUUUAUUUUUUGGAAUUUGAUCAGAAGUCUCACUAUUACCAAAUCUCCUUCCAGAUCCCUAGUAUUGAAUAUAAUCCUGCUUUUUCAGUAGAACACUCAAAUAUUAGGACUGACCUGAAACAAAAAAUCAGUGAUGAGAUAGAUAAGACAUUUCAAAGAUCCAGUUUAAAUCGUCAUUACAUCAAGACUCAUGUUGUCAACCUUAGGUCAAGUAAUGAUGGUCUGAAAACAGAUGUAUUGCUCAAAUUUCAGUUUGUGUCUAGCAAUGCAGACACAAUAAAAAGGCAAGCUGAUAACAUUUUGUGGCAGAAGUUGAAAUUAAAUGAAAGCUUCUUGAAGAUAGACACUUCAUUACCUUAUCUUAGAGAUAUAAAUGAAGCACAAGCAGAGCACAUUCUGAAUAGCUGUUGUGGUUUAGGGAGGGAGCCCCCGUCCAUGGAAAGAAUUGCUGAUGGUUAUACUGCAAAGAAAGCUGAUUGGCCAUGGCAAGCCAGCCUGCAGAUGGACGGCAUACAUUUCUGUGGAGCAUCUUUGAUCAGUGAGGAGUGGCUGCUGACUGCCGCUCACUGCUUUGACACUUACAAAAACCCCAAACUCUGGACGGCUAGUUUUGGAACAACCCUGAACCCUCCACUGAUGAGAAGAAAUGUGCAGUCAAUUAUUGUUCAUGAAAACUAUGCUGCCCAUAAGCAUGACGAUGACAUCGCUGUGGUGAAGCUUUCCACCCCGGUAAUGUUUUCUGAAGAUGUGCGCAGAGUCUGUCUCCCGGAUGCUACUUUUGAAGUCUUGCCUAACAGUAAAGUGUUUGUCACUGGAUGGGGAGCAUUAAAAGCAAAUGGUCCCUUCCCCAACACUUUGCGACAAGUUGAAGUAGAGAUCAUAAGUAACGAUGUAUGUAAUCAAGUUUAUGUAUAUGGUGGUGCUGUAUCAUCAGGAAUGAUAUGUGCUGGAUUCUUGACAGGAAAACUAGAUGCCUGUGAGGGUGAUUCUGGCGGACCUCUGGUUAUAGCACGUGACAGAAACAUCUGGUACCUUAUUGGAAUAGUAAGCUGGGGAAUAGACUGUGGCAAAGAAAACAAGCCUGGAGUUUAUACCAAAGUGACUCGUUAUCGGGACUGGAUCAAAUCUAAAACUAACAUUUAAUGCAACAUCUACCUCUACAUCCAAAAUGUAAAUGUUAUGUGUGGUCUGUAGCAAAUUGUGUGUUUAGCAUGUGUUGCCGUGUAUAUUGUCAUCAGUUUCAGGAUGCAAAUAAGUGCGAUCUGACAAUUCUCCCCUUAAACAUGAAGAAAGCAGGCUUUCUUCCACCUCACCUGAAGUGCUUUGCUGACCAUGAGCAUACAAGAUACUGUCAACUCCACAGAGCUGCUGCUGCCAUUGCUGCUAAGUGUCUCUGAUUACCUCCUUGCUCAUCUUUCUGUCCAUACUACACACUUCUCAUUUUAGAAUAAUCUAGCAGCUUUAUCAGAUAAGUAACAAGUGGCUAAGCAUUCUCUAUUUUCUCCCUGACAGAGCAUGCUGCCCUUCCCUGACUCUGCAGUUUGUAUCGUCCUCAUCGAAUAAUCCUCAUUAAGAAUCUGUAGGUCCACUGUACUAGAAAAAUCAAGGUAACUAGUUUUGGCCAAUGCUAAUACAAAUGACGGAGGGGCACUAGACAUGAAACUAAAACUUAGGGAUGGCACCACUGUGAGUCCAAUCCCUUUGCCCUCAGAUGCACGUUUAACCUCUUUGAAACUUGAAAAAAGUUGACAUUUACGUUUAUGCCCAAUAGUACAGAUUUUAAGCUCUUUAAACUACUCUAAUGUUUACUUUGAAACAAUGAAUGAAUCCUUGGAUCAGACACCAGGAGAAUUGAAAUAUUGCCUAACAAAGGAUUCUGUUCUAAACUAUGCCAUAAUGCCUUUUGGUACUUAGAAAAUAAAGACAAAGUUUCUUGGCCUUUUCGUGAGGUGGAAACAACAAGCAGCAAGGACUCAGUGAGAAGAAGCUACUUUCCAUCUCUAAAAAUUGGAGAAAUUCCAAUCCUGGUGUAAAUUUACUUUUCACUUCUGUUUUACUAUUUCUUAAUGCAUUUUAUUUUGUAAACAGUUUUAUUUUCAGUCAACUUCCAGAAAAAUUAAAGGCCCUGCAGAAUGAGAAGCCAAUAUAAAUUAGAUAUUCUUAAAUAACUUACAUGAGAAGCCAAUAUCAAAUUAGAUAGUCAUUUAUACUUUGAUGCGAGAUUUUGGGGAAGAUCUUAAUGUAUAACAUUUAAAUUUACUGUUAAAAAGUGGCCAGCACUCUUUGAAAAUGGUAUUUAUGGAGAAUAUUCAAAUAAUCAGAAAGUAUCUUUGGAAGGGUUUCAUUACUAUGAUAAAACAGUUCAUUUUUAUAUACACUUAAAUACACAUUCUGUGGCGUUAUGUAUGACUGUGCUCUAGUGUUCAGCAGAACUCAAACCUUUUCUGUGCAUCCAAAUCUUUAUUCGCUUCCCCCCUUUCUGAUUAAUUAAUGAAAUGACUGCCACGUGAUUUUCUUUUGAGUUUUAUAUCACGUAAAAGUCUCUCUUGUCCCUUGUAAUGUUAUAUGGUAUACAUUAAAAUAUAUUUAUAAUAAUAAACUCAAACUCAUUCUUUUUGAAUAGUCGCCAUACUACAGGGUUUCUCAACCUUGGCGCUACUGACUUUUUCUCAGAGAGAAUUCUUUAUUGUGGGGGGAGGGUGGCAGCUACCCUGUGAAUCGUACAAUGUUUGGCAAUAUUCUUUCCCCCUACACACUAUUUGCCAGUAGUAAUCCCCACUAAGUGGUAACAGCCAAAAAUGUAUCCAGACAUUGCCAAAUGUCCCUUGGGGGAUAAAGACAUCCCUGGUUGAGACCCACUGCCAUGAGAUCCAUAAUCAGAGGAAAAAAGUCACUGUUAAAAAUCUUGCCCCCAUAAUUUCCUUACAUGAGUUUGGGAAUACCUUCCUUCUCCCCAUUUUUAUAAUGCUGAUUUAUUGAGAAUGCUAAAUGACCAUCUAUCAUGGACACACUCAUAUCUAAACAACCCUUGUCAAAUUAAGAUCAUUUGGAAACUGAAGGUGGUUGGAGAAAGGAGGCUGUUAGAAGGCUGAGCUGCUACUGGCAAAUAAUUCAUCUUGAUAGAUAGGUAGAUAGAUGGAUAGAUAGAUAGAUAAUCUCCAUAUAGAUGUAUUGAGAUCUAUAGACAUACAUCCAUAGAGAUCUACAUCAAGAGAUAAGAGAGAUUGAUUUGUCAAAUACCCAAAUCUUGCAUAAU